GGGGGAGAAGCGAAAGGCCGCCAUGGAGGAGAGGGCGGCGCUGAUCCAGCAGAAGCUCUCCAAACUCAAGUGGGACUUCAGGAAAUUAUCUCUUCGAGGAGACGACAUCGAGGGCGGCAGGCAGCUUUUGGAAGAAGUGCCGCUCCAUCCCGCCAUCACCACGUCGCUGCACCAACAUACCACCAACAACAUGAACAAGGUCGUCGCAGGGAGCAGCAGUGAGUUGGAACGCCUCGAGGUCCUGCUUGGGAAACUGAGGACCUUGUAUUCGUGGAGUCCUUUGGUGUCCUCGCUCUCCGUCAAGGCGCUUGGUUCGGACGAAACUCUGACAGCGAUGGACACGUCAGAACAAGUCUUCGCUCUUCUGGUCCGUCUGGCGCAGCUGCGUCAGAGCAACACGGUGGUAGGGGGGGCGGCGCUGGUGGGGGGACCCUCGGAGGUGGAAAACGGGCAGGGAGAUCAGUCGUCCAGGUAG